AUGCUCAAGCAAAUUCAGGUUAAUAUUCCAUUGAUUGAAGCUUUAAAGGAGAUGCUUGGAUACGCAAAAAUGAUGAAAGACUUAAUGUCCCGGAAAUUUGACUUCCAAGACUUGGCCACGGUGACACUUACUCAAACGUGUAGUGUAGUGGUAACUAGACCUGUUGCUAAAAAGCUCUCUGAUCCAGGGAGUUUUACUAUUCCAUGCACUAUUGGAAACUUUACUUUUGCGAAAACACUCUGUUAUUUAGGUGCCAACAUUAAUCUUAUGCCCCUGGUCAUUUACAAAAGGUUGGGCAUUGGGAGAGCUAGACCCACCUCUAUGUUGUUGCAGCUGACUGACAAGACUGUGAAGCGUCCAUUUGGGAUCCUUGAUGAUGUACUUAUUCAGGUGGGGAAAUUCGUGUUCCCUGCAGAUUUUGUGAUAUUGGAUUGCAAAGUGGAUGAAAAAAUUCCUAUCAUCUUAGGAAGACCAUUCUUGGCCACAGGGAGAGAUCUUAUUGAUUUGUUGACGGUUGAGGAUCCCCUCGCUGCAUGUUUGACGAAUUUGGAGGAAGUGAAUAGUGAGAACUUGGCGGAAUGGGUGUUGGCACUGGAAGGUAGAGGGUCUUGGGAAAGAAAUCUAGAGUUUGAGCCCCUACACUUAGAAAAGAGGGAGACUCCUCCAGCUAAGCCAUCCAUUGAAGAACCACCGAAGCUGGAACUAAAGCCAUUGCCAGCCCACCUCAGGUAUGAAUUUCUGAGACCUGACUCCACUCUACCUAUUAUUAUCUCAUCUGGUUUGUUAGAUGUGCAGGUCUAA